AUGGCAACAAUUGGUAAGAGUAUGAGGAAGAAUUAUGUGGAUAUCGAUAUUUCUCAGUCAACCGAAAAUGACUGGGGAAUUAACUAUAUGUACAGGCAUGAGAUUUCAAUAAAGCAAGAGUCGCAGAUUAGAACUCCUGUAAGGCUCAAAGGAUACAAGAGAUACACUCAUACACUUAGAAAUAACUCUUGUGUUGGCCGAGUAAUCUACAAAUUGGAGGAACAAAUGGGAUUAGGUCAUAAAAUAAAAAGUGAAAGCUAUGUAAAAGUGGUUGUCUUCUACUGGGCACACGAUAAUAUGAAUUAUUUACCUCUUCUCGUAGGAUUUUCCCGAGAAAUUAAUGAUGAGGAUAAGUACGAGUAUUACUUAAAAAGUAGCUAUACUGAGGAAAAUACUGCAUGGAUAAAGGAUGGUACUAUAAAUCGAAAUGGAAGCAAUCUUGCGGUAAAACUCAAUGAAAUUAGCAACAAUCUAAAACACUUUGUUACUAUAGAUAUCUAUGCCACAAAUCAGUACUUUUUUAAUGGAAAGCAUACUACUCCAAAAAUGAAUGAAGAUGUAAGAAUUUCUGUUAACAUCUAUACUGUGGAUUUCAACUACAAAAAAUAUACUCAUAGUCUUUCGAGCGGAGGAUUUAUGAAUAUAAUGACGAUAAGAGCGAAUAGUAAAGGUGUACCAUUUAGAGAACGUCACAUCUCUGAAAAAUGUCUAUGCGCCUCUUUUUACCACUGGAGUGGGAAUGACGAUAUGAGCACACCACUUCUUCUAGAAUUAACAUACUCCAGUGACGAGAAAAAUAAGUCUAAAUUCUUUAAGUUAGAAGAUGGAGCCUGGGUAUGUCAUGAAUCGAUAAGUGACAACCCUCUUGGAUACCUUAGAAAACUAAACUGCGAAAUAAACAAGGCCCAUUGUAUGGAUUUCACACAUCAGGAAAAUUAUAGAUGCAAAUCUUGUGGUAUUCAAAUUCAAGUAGUACCUUGUGAUCAACAAGAAGGGGAUUAUUCAGUUUUUAGACAAGUCAUUAGGAGUGAAAAGGUUAAUUAUAAUGCGAAAAACAGAUUUUCUAUUGCUUCAUUUCAAUAUGAUGGCUGUACUCAGAGUGGGAUAGAAUCAUCAAAGGGUGUAAAAGAGGUUAGACUUUUCUUUUAUCCAAGGCAUGGUGGAGAUCCUCUUCUGAUGUAUUAUUCCCUUGAGGGAGAGAAAAAAUGGUAUAAGGCCGACCCAAUAUCAGCAAAUAAAUGGAAUGAAUUAAAAGAGAGUGAUAGACCCAGUGGAGAUUCUGAUGAACGAGUUUUAUCACUUUUAAUAUGUUCUCAUUCUCCACCCAUUGCAGUAGAUAUAAAAGAGGGUGUUAGCAUUGAAAAUGGGAAAUACAUUACAUAUCCGUAUACCUCUGAAAAUAUUAACGAAACAAUAAGUGUAUUGAGGAAUGACUUAGAAGGUAGUUAUCAUUGUUUUGUUCAUAGUGUAAGGGGGAAAGAUAGUUUUAGAAUUCACUCAUUGAGUUACGGGGAUUUCACUCUAGAAAAUACAAAAUGUUCUGAUAUUCUAACUGAAGUAACAGUAUUCUAUUGGUGCAAUGACAAAGAUUAUGAAAAACCGCUGCUAAUAGAACUUAAAUUAAAGAACGGUAGAUACAAAUACUUGGAUAGAAAAGCGGCAAACUCAAACACAUGGACAUUCUGUAACAAGGGUAACACCUGCCAACUUACUGGAUCAGCCCUAACUAAAAAGUUAGAUUGUGUAGUAAAUAGGGACUUUGCAUCUCUUUCUACCAUUAUGAUAGAUACAUUGGUAACUGUCAUUUUUGGACUUGGAAUGAUAUGUUUUGCGAUACACGAAGGAAUUAAUGCAGUAACUAACCCCAAAAGGAGCCUGACCUACAAACUGAUUAGUCUAUGCAAAAAACGCCUGUGA